CAACAAAAUAAAUUAAAAUAAAUAACAACAAAAAAAAUGCAAUUCAACUGCCAAGUUUGCGGUGUCUACAAAAGUUAAACGAACGCCGCAAAUUAGAAUACGUGAUUUCAAGAAACCGGGAGAGAAAGAGAGAGAGGAGCGCAACGUCCUCUCUUUGCCUCACAAGACAUUGAUGGUUUGUUUUUGUUAAGCAAACAAAACAAAACAGAAGAAGAUAGCGAAGAGCAAAGGGAAGCGACGCGCAGCGCAUCAUCAAAAGACGCAAUUUGUGAAUAAUUUAAUCGUGCAUUCACACGAAGACAGCGCGAACAAAAGUCCACAGUGAGCAGAGCAGCGACGCUGCGUAAGUGAGUGAGUGAGUGAGACGAGUGAUAGACGCUUCACACACAAAGAGAGCGCAUCGGAAGAGAGAGAGUUGAAAAGAGUUGAAGCUUUCGCAAGAGAGACUUACGCAUCUCGCUUAAUGUUUGCGCGCAGCGGAAUUAGCGCAUCGCCCAAUGGCGGCAGCGGCGCUGGCGGCGGCAUCGGCAGCGGUGGUCGGGGCAGCAGCAGUGAUGGCAGUGGCAGCAGCAGCGGUGGAGGGGCUGCCGGUAGCAUUGAACUGUUAUGUCCACCCAGUGGGAGCAGCAGCAUUAGUGGCAGUGGCAGCUUUAGCAGCAGCGGUGCCAGCACAACUGCAACUAAUAGCACCAGCGUGAGUUUGAGUGUGCCGCCAACGUCGACGCCAGCAGCGGCAGCGGCAGCGGAGAACAGCAGCGAGAGCAACAAUAAUGCGAAUGCCAAUCGUAAUCUGAGCUUACAACUGUCUAAUAAUAAUAACAAUACGAACAACAAUAAUAACAACAACAGUAACCACAACAACAAUCAUUAUCACGGCGGCAGCACAAAUCUAAUCAGCGGCAUCUGCAGCAGCAUUUGGCGCACCGCAACCUUUGGCAGUGCUGCCCCCAUUGCAAGCAUAAUGGCUGCCAACGGCGGCGGUGGCGGCAGCGGCGUCGCAGUCGCAGUCAGCAGCGGCAGUUACACGUCCAGCGCAGCCUCGAUAUCGCCAGCAGUCGACGAGGUGUGCAUUGUUGAGCAGCAGCAGAGCAAGCGUACGGUGGCCACCAAUACUAAUGCAAACAUGCAAGAAAUUCAAAUGCAAAUCCAACUUUGUGUGGAUCAGGAUUCUCAAACUUACCUAGGCGCCAACGAACUGGACGAUGAGCUAAUCAAACAACUGCCAAAGGAGGUGCUGCUGCGUGUUUUCUCCUACCUGGACGUUGUCUCGCUAUGCCGCUGUGCUCAGGUGUGCAAAUAUUGGAACGUACUUGCCCUAGACGGUUCCAGCUGGCAAAAAAUCAAUUUAUUCGAUUUUCAACGUGAUAUCGAGGGUCCGGUGAUUGAGAAUAUAUCGCAACGAUGCGGCGGUUUUCUCAAGUCACUCUCGUUGCGUGGUUGCCAAUCCGUCGGAGAUCAGUCCAUCAAAACUCUAGCGAAUCACUGCCACAACAUCGAGCACUUGGAUCUGUCGGAGUGCAAAAAGAUCACAGAUAUAUCCGUCACAGACAUCAGUCGCUAUUGCAGCAAGCUGACCGCCAUUAAUCUGGACUCCUGCUCCAAUAUCACCGAUAAUAGCCUCAAAUAUAUAUCCGAUGGCUGUGCGAAUCUACUGGAGAUAAACGUGUCGUGGUGCAAUCUGGUCUCAGAGAAUGGCGUCGAGGCGUUGGCACGUGGCUGUGUUCGGCUGCGCAAGUUCAGCAGCAAAGGUUGUAAACAGAUUAACGACAAUGCCAUCACGUGCCUGGCGAAAUACUGUCCCGAUCUAAUGGUGCUAAAUCUACACAGCUGUGAGACCAUCAGCGAUGCGUCAAUAAGGCAGCUGGCUGCCAGUUGCCACAAGCUGCAGAAGCUGUGCGUGUCCAAGUGUGUGGAGCUAACUGAUCUCUCGCUGAUGGCGCUGUCGCACCACAACCAACAGCUCAACACACUGGAGGUGUCUGGCUGUCGCAAUUUCACAGACAUCGGCUUUCAGGCGCUGGGUCGCAACUGCAAGUAUUUGGAGCGCAUGGAUCUCGAGGAGUGCAGCCAGAUAACAGAUCUAACGCUGGCACACUUGGCCAUGGGUUGUCCCAGUCUCGAGAAAUUGACUUUGUCGCACUGCGAAUUGAUCACCGAUGAUGGCAUUCGGCACUUGACCUCGGGCAGCUGUGCGGCCGAAAGUUUGUCUGUGUUGGAACUGGACAAUUGUCCACUGAUCACGGAUCGCACGCUGGAGCAUUUAGUGUCGUGUCACAAUCUGCAGCGGAUCGAGCUAUUUGACUGCCAGCUCAUCUCACGCGCCGCCAUACGCAAGCUAAAGAAUCAUUUACCAAAUAUCAAGGUGCACGCCUAUUUUGCGCCUGUAACACCGCCAGCGGUGACGACUGGACAUCGGCCCCGUUAUUGUCGCUGCUGUGAGAUUCUCUGAGAUACGGCCAUUGGCUUCGCCAGGCGAAUAAUGCGCAAAUCUGCGACAGACUGAUGUUGGCCCAUCAGCAUCGUGGUGAUGACGGUGGUCCUAACCCUGACGCUCAUCGCGAUGCUCUAUUUGAUCGAUAUCUACUGGUGAAUGUCUAGCCACAAAAACCAAGCAAAAUACAGAUGCAUAGACACACACUCACACAUAGUCACAUACACCCACACACACACAGACACAUGCACGCCACUCUGUGUAUAACUAAAGCAAGAUUCUAAUAUGGAUUUUUAAGCAGAAACCGAUAAACGAAUCGAAACCAAGCGAAAUUCGUAACAUUUUAGUAUUUAAAUUUUGUGCGCGAGUUUCUAAAACUCCACCGUCAAUAUACAUAAAUGUAAAAUUGUGAUUAUUUUAUUUAAUAUGCUAAGCUGUUAACUAGAUAACCAUUUACUUUUAUCACUACUACUAUUUUAUUUUCCUGUCACUCGUGUGCAUUAAGUAUUAGCCUCUUUUUAAUUUGUAUCUUCGUCUGUUCUCUUUUUUUGUUUGGAUUGUAAGCAGCUUUCAAUUAGCUUCCGUAGAUGUAAAUAUGUAUACUUUAUGUUUAAUAUUCCACACACACACACUCACUCACACACUCUUGGACAGUCACACACACACUCUCACACAGAUAGCUUGAGGUAUGCAUGCUGAUUAAGUUUUGAUUAAAUGCUGCAUAUUUUAUUGGAAUAUUACUGAGAUUUGAACAAAGUCUAAACAUGUCGAUAGAACCACUGAGCGUUCACCCAAACACACACACACACUUUAAGCUAUUCCCUAAUAAUUGUUGCUAAAUCGUAUUUUUUUUUGUGUAUAGUGCCAGGUAAAUCCGUAUGUAAGCGUAUUUAAACUAGAACAUAAUACACAAACUAUGUUAAACGCAAAUUGCAAUUUGUAUAUUACAACAGAACAAAAACUAAAAAAAACAAAAA